AUGUGUCUUACAAUCGACGUUAAAGCGAUCUACGGGGUGUCUUCAGUUCAGGAGAAUUUGGAGCCUUCAAUCAAGAGUACGGUGUCCGUCAAGAUUCCGGGAAGAGCAAAACCCAUUGAGGUGGAAGAGGCAGUACCUGUCGAAGUUGAAGCGACACCUGCCGAUGAAUCUGCGCCUCAGCUGAACAACGUCUCAUCGUUUGGUAGAGGGAAUGUGGAAACAACAAAGUCUAACGUAGAGUUUACCAUACUGCUUGUUGGCGAAACUGGAACAGGCAAAACGUCAUUUUUAUCGUUGCUUGUAAACGUGUUGGCGGGUCGCGCCCCCGAUGAAUACGAUUUAGAGCCGUACGAUGUAACGAACGAAUCCGGCACUGGGCAAAUGCACAGUCAAACGAACGCUGCCAAAAUCUACAAGUUCAAAAGCAUGAACGGUGUACAGGUCACCGUGCUUGACACCCCUGGUCUCGCCGACACACGCGGACUCGAGAAGGACAACGAACACAAACAGAGUAUUACUACCGCUAUCAGAGACAGUAUACCAGAAGUCACAGCGGUGAUCAUCCUCGCCAACGGCACCAAUCCACGCCUCGGCGUUGCCACCGACUACGCAAUUACCACACUCUCCUCCAUCUUCCCUCGUACUCUCGCGGAUAAUAUCGGCCUGCUCUUCACGAACAUCUCCAGCCCUCUCGAUUGGAACUUUGAAGUCGAAACGCUUCCUGUAGAGUUGCAGGGAGUGAAGACCUUCCUUCUCGACAACCCUCUCGCUCGUCACAAAAAGUUCUUGAAGAUUAAAGAGAAGGCUGAGGCGCAAGGUUCAGUCACCAGCGCUAAUCAAGCAGUCUUGCGAAAGUUGAAGAAAGCAGUCGACGAAGGUCAUGAAACGGCUUUGUGCACGCUUGCCGAGAUAUUCGAUUGGCUCGACGGACUCGUUCCUCAAGCGACGACCGAAAUUGCGUUACUCUACGACCAGUCGAUGGAAAUUGAGAGAAACAUCAGCAGUACGCUGGCCCGUAUGACGCAGCUCGUGGAGAAAAAGGAGAAGUUAGAUGAACUUCUCAACAAAUCCGACGGAAUGUUAUUGUGUUACUCCAAUUGUCAUGUCAAGUGCCACCUUGAUUUCACUCUCGACCCCAUGAAAUUAAGCCGCUGUUGGGCCUUUCCGUCCCAAGGUGCCUGUCAAGUUUGCAACCACUCCAUCCAGGCCCAUCAACAUUACAACUCUCUCUGGUUCGAAAAGCACGAAACUGAGGACUACGUUGACGCCCGAAGAAAACGGCGUUACGACGAGGCGACGAAGAUGUUCAAAAGUACUCAAGUUUCGAUCAAGGACGUUCGGAGUUUCAUUGACAUCAUAGGGAAAGAGAUGGCGGAUGCAACUGAGGAGAUCGGUCGCCUCGCAGAGGAGUACGCCAAGCUGUCGCUCUCUGGAAGCUUUUCUGGCCAGGUCAAGAAAUCCGUCAAGGUUCUCGAGACGCAUCUGGAAGCCAUUCGCAACAAGACGGACGACGCGAGUGUCAAGCGCAUGGAGGCCAGCUUGGAACAGCUUCGGGGGAAGCUCAGGGUGCUUGAGGUUGCGGCGGAUGUAACGCAGAAGAAGAUUUCAAAACCUACCAUCCUCGAGCGGUUGGGCAGGCGGGCUGUCCAUGUCGCGGAAAUUAUGAUUGGCAUAUCAUCGGAAAGCUGGGUAGAAUAA